AUGUCUGCCCGAAACCCCACCGGCUUCGACAUCAAGCAGUUCAAGGCUGCGGCCUCCCCCUCCUCUGUCUUCGCCAAGCGGGAUCCCUGGGCGCGCAAUGAGACUUGGCGCUACACCGGUCCCUUCUCCCGCUGGAACCGUUUCAAGGGACUUUUCCCCGGUCUCGGCAUUGCGACCGUUGCCUUCACUGCCUACUGCGCGUACGAGCACUUCUUCCUGAAGGAUGACCACCACGGUGACGCACACCACGGCGAGGGCCACCACUAG